AUGGAGAAGAUGACGGAUGAGUACAACAAGAUGAAGAUCGUCGUGCAGCACAAAGACUCCAUCAUGGACCAGCUGAGGAAGGAGACGGACCACGCCAAGCUACAGGUAGCCCAGAGGGACAGAAUUACGCAUAUGAUGUCAGGAUGUAAUUUUACAGGUUGCAAACUGGUUUUCUGGUUGAACCUGGGAAAGUUUUAACACUGCUUUCCAUAGACUUUAUGAAGCACUUCUAAUAUCGAAUCAUUAUUGUGAAUUGACAUGGUGUGAAUAAUGUACAUCCAUUGGUGCUGAAUAAACAGUGCACCGUUUGCUGUGUUCUUCAGGUCAGAGAGCUGACGGAGCAGAUUCAGAGCUGGGCAGAGGAGGAUGACCCGGUCAUGGCAGCCGUCAAUGCCAAGGUUGACGAGUGGAAGGUGGGUGUUCUGACAUAAUGUACCUGGCUUGGAGGAAAGUCAGCAGGCGAUACACUAACAAUCAAGUACUGUGUGCUGCUGUCUGUAUCACUGAAGAACUUGAAAGCACACAGCACACAUAUAAUUAUGUUUAUAGUGAAUAUUUACAUGUAUUUUUCACACUUUAUUUCAGCAUAGAUAAAAACUCAAUGUUUUGGCUUGAAGCCUGUCUUUGUCAAGGCAUACUGCCUGGUUAGUUGUUUUCAGUCAGUGGCCCUGAUCAUCUCUGUUCUUCUGUGAGUGGCCCUGAUUGUGUGUGUUUCUAUCAGUGGCCCUCAUUUGUGUCUGUGAUUUGGGAUCUUCAGAGAGUGCUGGCUGGGAAGGAUGAGCAGAUCAUGGAGUACCAGCAGAUGACCCGUGAGCUGAGAGACAAGCUACGCUCAGCCCAGAUGGACACGGACAAGAGCAACAUCAUCGCCUUGCAGCAGUUCAGUCUCAAAGCUAACAAUCCUUAUCAUCUUUAUAUAAAUAAACUCAGCAAAAAAAGAAACGUCCUCACUGUCAACUGUCAAUUUAUUUUCAGCAAACGUAACAUGUGUAAAUAUUUGUAUGAACAUAAGAUUCAACAACGGAGACAUAAACUGAACAAGUUCCACAGACAUGUGACUAUCAGGAAUUGAAUAAUGUGUCCCUGAACAAAGGGGGGGUCAAAAUCAAAAGUAACAGUCAGUAUCUGGUAUGGCCACCAGCUGCAUUAAGUACUGCAGUGCAUCUCCUCAUGGACUGCACCAGAUUUGCCAGUUCUUGCUGUGAGAUGUUACCCCUGCUCUUCCACCAAGGCACCUCAAGUUCCCGGACAUUUCUGGGGGGAAUGGCCCUAGCUCUCACCCUCCGAUCCAACAGGUCCCAGACGUGCUCAAUGGGAUUGAGAUCCGGGCUCUUCGCUGGCCAUGGCAGAACACUGACAUUCCUGUCUUGCAGGAAAUCACGCACAGAACGAGCAGUAUGGCUGGUGGCAUUGUCAUGCUGGAGGGUCAUGUCAGGAUGAGCCUGCAGGAAGGGUACCACAUGAGGGAGGAGGAUGUCUUCCCUGUAACGCACAGCGUUGAGAUUGCCUGCAAUGACAACAAGCUCAGUCCGAUGAUGCUGUGACACACCGCCCCAGACCAUGACGGACCCUCCACCUCCAAAUCGAUCCCGCUCCAGAGUACAGGCCUUGGUGUAACGCUCAUUCCGUUGACGAUAAACGCGAAUCCGACCAUCACCCCUGGUGAGACAAAACCACGACUCGUCAGUGAAGAGCACUUUUUGCCAGUCCUGUCUGGUCCAGCGACGGUGGGUUUGUGCUCAUAGGCGACGUUGUUGCCGGUGAUGUCUGGUGAGGACCUGCCUUACAACAGGCCUACAAGCCCUCAGUCCAGCCUCUGUCAGCCUAUUGCGGACAGUCUGAGCACUGAUUGAGGGAUUGUGCGUUCCUGGUGUAACUUGGGCAGUUGUUGUUGCCAUCCUGUACCUGUCCCGCAGGUGUGAAGUUCAGAUGUACCGAUCCUGUGCAGGUGAGGUUACACGUGGUCUGCCACUGCGAGGACGAUCAGCUGUCCGUCCUGUCUCCCUGUAGCGCUGUCUUAGGCGUCUCACAGUACGGACAUUGCAAUUUAUUGCCCUGGCCACAUCUGCAGUCCUCAUGCCUCCUUCAGCAUGCCUAAGGCACGUUCACGCAGAUGAGCAGGGACCCUGGGCAUCUUUCAUUUGGUGUUUUUCAGAGUCAGUAGAAAGGCCUCUUUAGUGUCCUAAGUUUGCAUAACUGUGACCUUAAUUGCCUACCGUCUGUAAGCUGUUAGUGUCUUAACAACUGUUCCACAGGUGGAUGUUCAUUAAUUGUUUAUGGUUCAUUGAACAAGCAUGGGAAACAGUGUUUAAACCCUUUACAAUGAAGAGCUGUGAAGUUAUUUGGAUUUUUACGAAUUAUCUUUGAAAGACAGGGUCCUGAAAAAGGGACGUUUCUUUUUUUGCUGAGUUUAUAUUUCAAUUCAAUUGAGAUAAUUCAUUGUUCCUGUUAGGGGACUUCUUGUGCAGAUGCAAAUUAUUUACAAAAACAGUGGCAUUGUAUACUAUAUUAGGACAUCUCUAAAUCUCUCAGUUCAAACAAUGUGGUUUUUGUUUAUCAUCCUUUGUCUUUGAAAUAUGUGCUGAAUUACUGUAUUUUCACCUUUUGAAAUGCAGUAUCUUUAUCUUCAAAAAAGGUAUGUUUGUGUUCCAUGUCCAUCUAUGAUUUCCACUGCAGCUUCUCUUCUUCUUUUGUUUCUGUUCAAUCUGUUCUUUUCUCCUGUCCUUACUUGCUCUUCUCUUCCAUCACUGACUCGUGGCCAGGUCAUAUAUGA